CAGGGAGCGACUGGCCAAUCCGUGUGCGAGCGGUGAAGAAGGGGCGGAGCCUUUGCGCAAGAUGCAGUGCGCUGCGCGACUGCGCUGCGAGAUCCGGAGCGGAGCCUGAGACCAGGGUUGAAAAUCAGCCAAAUCCAGAGGUUUGUGGACUGAAAAGGUCUUCCUCUCUCACCGGCAAGAUUCGCCAUGAUUCAUAGUCUUUUCUUGAUCAACUCCUCUGGAGAUAUUUUCCUGGAGAAACACUGGAAAAGUGUGGUCAGCCGUUCUGUUUGUGACUACUUCUUUGAGGCCCAAGAGAGGGCCACUGAGGCAGAAAAUGUGCCUCCUGUUAUCCCCACUCCACACCACUACCUAUUGAGUGUUUACAGACACAAGAUCUUUUUUGUGGCUGUGAUUCAGACAGAGGUCCCACCUCUGUUUGUCAUUGAAUUCCUUCACAGAGUAGUGGACACAUUUCAGGACUAUUUUGGAGUCUGUUCAGAGCCAGUGAUCAAAGACAACGUGGUUGUGGUCUAUGAGGUAUUAGAGGAGAUGCUGGACAACGGGUUCCCCUUGGCUACUGAGUCAAACAUCCUCAAAGAACUGAUAAAGCCCCCCACCAUUCUCCGGACAGUGGUCAACACCAUCACAGGAAGUACCAAUGUGGGGGACCAGCUUCCGACGGGGCAGCUGUCGGUGGUACCUUGGCGACGGACUGGGGUGAAGUAUACCAACAAUGAGGCCUAUUUCGAUGUGGUUGAAGAGAUAGACGCCAUCAUAGACAAGUCAGGUUCCACAGUCACUGCGGAGAUCCAGGGAGUGAUUGACGCCUGUGUUAAGCUGACUGGGAUGCCAGACCUCACUCUGUCCUUCAUGAAUCCCAGGUUGCUGGAUGAUGUUAGCUUCCAUCCCUGUGUCCGAUUCAAGCGCUGGGAAUCUGAGCGCAUCCUCUCCUUCAUCCCUCCUGACGGCAACUUCCGCCUGCUCUCCUACCACGUCAGUGCACAGAACCUAGUUGCCAUUCCAGUCUAUGUCAAACAUAGCAUCAACUUCCGGGACAGUAGUUCACUUGGACGCUUUGAAAUCACAGUGGGACCCAAGCAGACUAUGGGGAAGACAAUAGAGGGUGUGAUUGUCACCAGCCAGAUGCCCAAAGGAGUCCUGAAUAUGAGCCUCACUCCAUCCCAGGGGACACACACGUUUGACCCUGUAACAAAGAUGCUGUCUUGGGAUGUAGGAAAAAUAAACCCACAAAAGCUACCAAGUUUGAAGGGGACAAUGAGUCUUCAGGUUGGAGCUUCUAAACCAGAUGAGAACCCCACAAUUAACCUACAGUUUAAGAUCCAACAGCUGGCCAUUUCUGGACUCAAAGUGAACCGUCUGGAUAUGUAUGGAGAGAAGUACAAGCCUUUUAAAGGCAUAAAAUACAUGACCAAAGCUGGCAAGUUCCAAGUUCGAACCUGAAGGGCACAUGUUACUGGAGGAACAAUCACAAAAACUUUUUUCAUUUCUUACUUGUCCUAAAGUAAAAUGUCAGCCUGUUUCUUAGGUCAAUUCCCUCCAGGGUCCAUCUGAUCCCUUUUGUCUUCAGUCUUCAGUGCCAUGUAACUGAUAGAGGGAGAAAAGGUUUAUCAGGAAAAGGUGGCCAAACCCAGUAUGGUAGUGAUUGAAUUCUAGAGAAGUGUAUGGUGGAGAGCAAUGAUAACAUGAUAAUAUAUUUCACUACUUUUAACAUGGUUGCCACAUAAGGGGGGAAAAAAGACCAGCAUUUGCUAUCUGUUUGGUUUUAAUUAUCUAAACCCAAUUGAAGAUGUCUCUAUUGAAUUUUUUUAGAGAUAGAAAGACCAAAAAAAAAAAAAAAAAAAUAGGAAAGAAAAAUAAGUGUCAGUCCACGAAAGGCCAGUUGCUGAUUUAAUGUGUGGGUCUAGGUUGUGACCCAGUGGUGGUGUAGGUUUUAUGCAAACUCUGGCUCAUUCCUAACACCGCUGGCAAUGCAAAACAGAUCUGCUCUAUGAGUGACACGGCAGAGAAGCUGGUAUGAAGAGAGUUGUGACGAGAGAUGCUACAGUGAAGGAUUGGCUGGGAAAGUGAGCAGCAUGCGUUUCCACAGGGGCUACGAGGAGCAGAGUGGAGUGGUUUCUUUCUGAUCCUUCUCAUGGAUAGAAAGGAUUUGCAUGUCCAGGACAUUCAAAGCUCAAGAUCAACCUUGAUGUGAAACUGCAAUGGAAUCAGUUCCCCUUGGAGACUAGAGUGCUGUGUCCUGGCUUUUAGAUUCUCACUUGGGCUUGCAAUUUGUGUUGGCCCACCAUCUUGGUGGGAAGGUGAUCUGCCAGAGCAGGCUACAGUCUUUUGCUGGUUAUCUAACUCCUCGGUGGGAGCUCCCCCAAAACAGUUUUUGGUGCAGCAAGAUUUUAUGAAUUAUAGUAGUGGAGUUGAAAUGGGAACUCAUGUCCCACAGAAGUGGACCAUGCCUAUACACAGUGACCUCCAUUAUUGUUUGUCAGGCUUCACUGGCCCUAAGCCUUGUACUUCCUGUCAGAAGGUUCCCAACAGAAGCCCCGAGUGGGCACAGGCACACUGAGGACAUGAGUAACUGACGCUCAUACCCACUGUCUGUACACUGUCGUCUACCUAUUGACAACAGACAACUCCCUGACCACUUUUAAGAUAAAAAGAAGGUGUCUUGAACCUUUGAAUAAAAUCAAAUGCCAUAGGAGGGCAGGCUGUAUUAUCUCGAGAAACCCACCAGUUUAAACCAUGGCAGCUGAAGGAGCUUGACUUUCCUAAAGAGUAUUUCUUAAUCUGUUUCAGUGUGUCAAUUACUCUUUAAUUAUCUACAUAGAUGGUGGGGUUUGUUGUUUCUAACUUACAGCCUAUGGAGCAUGUUGUUCUCUGUGUUGUGCGUGGAGGGAAGGAAAACCUGUUCGCACAAGUCUCCCUUAAAGUCCUAUCUGUAAGUACUUAUGAUUUAUUUAUUUUUGAUUUUUAUUUUCUGGCUAGUUUUCUCUUACUGUGGCCAGUACUUAUUUUUACUGCCGAGUGGAGUUUCCUUGUGGGGUGAACCGUGCCGUGUCCAAUCAGCUGAUUCUUUACCCCUCCACUCCAGAGUCGGGACUAGUGUAGCUCCGCACACCCAGCGUGGACGGAGACACCCUGCAGAUGGAUUUCAGGACAUGAGGUCACUUCCACAGGCUCUGCAGGACUUCAAGGUUUCUUGGGUCACAGGAAAAUAUUUAUAUUGGUCUUUUAAUAUGUUUAGGUUCAUAAGCGCGGUUCCUUUAUUCCGUCUAGCACAGUACAGCUUGUCUACCUAGAAAGAGGCAGUGUUGGAGUAUGGGACCUGCAGCUUAGAUAUUGUGGGUGUGGCCAGGUCUGACUGUCCCCACCCAGUGACUGUCAGUUAGUAGGGGGAGUAGUGCAGGGUGUCUCAGUACCUCCUCACUCUCCUGUGGUCCAUGUGCGGAAGUAGCAUUUCUGUUUAAGUCUUAAUAAAGCUUUACCAG